AUGCUUCCCCUCUCGCUGCUGAAGACCUCGCAGGGCCACCCCAUGCUGGUGGAGCUCAAGAACGGCGAGACGUACAACGGCCACCUGGUGAGCUGCGACACGUGGAUGAACGUGCACCUCCGGGAGGUGAUCUGCACGUCGAAGGACGGCGACAGGUUCUGGCGGAUGGCCAACUGCUACGUGCGGGGCAACACGAUCAAGUACAUCUGCGUGCCCGACGAGGUCAUCGGGCUGGUGCAGGAGGAGAACCUCAAGAAGUCCCAGAUGAAGCCCCAGGUCGGGGGACGGGGGCGCGGAGGCAGGGACGGCGGCAGGGGCCGGGGCGACGGCGGCAGGGGAGGCCGGGGCGGCAGGGGCGGCCGCGGCGUGUGA